GCUACUUAAAAUCAUAAAUUGAUCAGUGCUCCAAACAUGUGUUUCAGACCGUGGAGCUUGAAAAACACAGAUAUCAUAAUUUCAUAUAAUUAAGUGCUCCUGCCAUAUUUCUCAUACCAUAAACUCUAUAGCAUUGCUUGAAGAGUCACUGAAAGUCUCGAUGACUCGACAGUUUAGAAUCAUAAUCGUAGAUAGCUGUGAAAUUUUCGAGCACUAAAAUUGAUCGAACAAAACUUCUGGGCAAUAUAAUGGACGUUCUUUCCUAUUUACCACUCUUCUUCCUCGUUCAUGAGCACCUUUAAAACUUCUGACAAGCAAGAAGAAUUCUACGAAUGUUGAAUAUCACUUAUCCAGUUGUUAAUUAAGAAAGUUGAUAUGCAGAAACAAUUGCAACUGGAUAUUAGCUGAUCAGUCAACAUCACACACUUGAUUGUCAUACACAUAAGACCUGAUUGUCAGCAACAAAAAUGCUACGGUGGAACGUAAGUAGAUGGUACACUGGCAGACCUUGCAGCUUUUGUCAUACGUCGGCACCUUCAGUGUAGUUGAGGUCCAUUAAACGUGUCAGCAACAUCAGGUAGACACAUUAGCCAAUGAAGGUCUGAAAGGAAAGCAAAUGGACUCUGCGAGUUUCAGGUCCCUCACAUUUUUGCCCACAUCCACACACACGAGAUGUUUUGUUUGCAGACUAUACACAAGGAGCUUCAGAUCAUUUGCCUCGCACGUGGAAUCACCGAGAAGCCUGCACUUAUGAUCAUGGCUCAAAAAAUAUACGAAGUCGCCAGCAGGACUGAUGAAGGACAUGUAACAGACGACUCUGAACUCUCGAGGCAGCAGGUGGAACAAGGUUUCCAACUGCUGCGACAAAGGCUCCAGCACAGACACCCAUGAUGUAAUCUCGCCAUCCGAUUCUUGGAUUACGAAAAAGCUGUAUCGAUUCCACCAGGGGGUUUCCACGAGCAGUAGCUUGUCCUCGUACACAGCAAGCUGUAAAUUAUAUUGUACCUUUCUUCGAAGCGGUACAACACUCCAUUUCUCUUUCUGAACAUCAAACUUGAGAAGGUCCCAAAACACAUCCAUGUACUGUACGAGGGUGUAAAGACUGUCAUUCCAAACGAUGCAGCCGCGUCGCAUGUUACACGUCCUGGACCUCGUGUCUAUGGACAGCCGUCUAGUGCUGGUGAAGUCCAUGCUACCCGAAGGAAAAUCAUGUACUUGUGUCCAGCGCUUGCUCUGCGAGUUGUAAAUCUUAGUUCGUAGCGGAGCGCCCUUCUGCAAAGUUGCGAUCAGCAGCUUGUAAUGCCCUGUAUCUGGGUCCACAAGCAAACCUCCAAGUGUUUGUCUUCCCAGACGAUCUGUCCAGUGCCGCUGCUCACCAUGUACUGAGCAAAGUUGAGUAUCAUCUCUUGCAGCCGAUGUAAUCUCGGAGCUGAUGUUUUCAAGCGUGAGACACAUGGACUGCUUUGUGACAGGAUUGCAGACAAGGAAAUGGCCAAAAUCUCGAGUGGAGAAACACAGGACGCCGCCAUCCGAUGCAAUCAAUUCCAAUCUAGAUGUUUCGUGGCGCGGAUCAACAAGCACGUGAAGGGAAGACCGGGAUAGGUCCUUUAUUCUUCGCUGGUGCCAAGAAUUCGAUUUCACGUCGUAAAUUACUACCCUCUCCUCCACGUAGAGCAUCAGAACUAUAUUUGCUUGAUCUAAGUUCCGGGCAAGAAAUUCGGAACUUAAGAUCCGAGUCAUCCACUCCUGGUUCAGAGUUCGUAAUCCAAUGAGUUUGACAACCGGCAGCCUCUUGAAUAUAGCGGCAAUGAGAUCAUCUGGCAGUGAGCUCCAUAAUUUUGGGCAAAGCUCACUCGGUAGCUGCGAAUUACUCAUCUACUAUGGACAAAAGUCAAUUGGAAUUGAAACUUGCAGAAUUUCAUUCGAGUGUGGAAGACUGCAGGGCAUCUCGAUAGCCGUGUGAAAAGUGGAAGUGGCAAAGAGGAUGAACGAUUGAUCUUACUCAAUUCCACCGCCUGAGAGGCCUGUGCUCUGGUGCUCAUCUCUCCACCAGUCUAGCCACCGCAAUCUCAAACGAAGAGCCUUCUAAAUUUGUAUGUUUAGGUUUUCGUACUCGAAUUCCAGGACAACGACCUUGCUUGCCGCAACGAGCGCUUGACAAAUGAGUCAACGAGCAUUUUC